AUGGGAGCUCUUCCGAGCCACGAGACGCACGAGCGUGGCCUCUACAGCCACCGCCACGGACGCAAUCGGCGGAAUGAGAUCAUCCUCAUCCCUUUGACAACAUCUUUCUUCCCCAGCCCCGACUGCCCUCUAUUCCAGCAUCUGUACAACUCGCGGUACCGACGCACCGCCAAGUACUACUUUCGUGCCCUGCGCAGUGCCCAGACGCCCCGCGACAGCGACUAUUUCUGCACCACGACGGCCAUCAACGAGGAGGAGGAGUUUGAAAAGUUCUACAAGGAGUAUCUCGAGAAGCGCGAGCUCGGCGGUGAAAAGGCGAGUGUGACUGCAGCGACAGUGACCGCAGUGUCACCCACAGCUUCCUCCCCGCUCUUGUCUGGCUGCUCAGCCACCGGCGACAGCGGCGCCGACGCGGGCAGCACGAAUGGGCUGGCAGGCACCAUUCCGUCGGCCCAGUCGCCUCAGGAUUGCCUGAAUGCGCAUGGUCUUCCGCCCAGGGUGGACCCGAUGGACUUCCGCAGCUACUCCGACACCCGCGAAGGACUGUACCAGAUCCUCAUUCGCGAUAACGAGCUGGGCGUCCUCGCGACUGAUGAGGAGCUGCGACAGGCAUACUGGAAGCAGUUGCAGGAGCAGCAGACGGGGCGUCAGCGUGUGUAUCAGCAGCAGCAGCAGGGAAGGCACUCGGCUAGCCAAGCGGCAACAGGCGGCGCGGGCGCAGCCGGCUCGAUGCCGCCUCCGCCUCCGCUCCCGCCCCCGCUCUCUCUAUCGCCGUCGGCGCUGCUGUCUCCUUCUGCCGGCAUGAACGACGCGCACGCGCCUCAUGGAGGACCCGACGCCUCCGGCGCGCCCCCCUCGGCGAGCGUUGCGAUGGACGACUUGUCGUUUGACGAGUUCGUCUCUGGCUACAUGGCGGCGAAGCGCUACAUGAAGGGAAAGCCGUCGCACACCAGCUAUAGUACAACGGCAGCCGCCGACGUGAAGGGAAACCCGAUCAUGCCGGCCAUGGGUGCGGCCGGAAGUGCCAAGGUGCUGAACGAGUACUCGGCGAGACACUACAAGCACGUCACGUCGCCGGUGGCAUAUCACGUGCGCCCACUUCCUUGCGUGAUCGCUUCACGCUAUGACCCCGGGAAGCCGCAGCCCGUUAAUGACCCGCUCUACGUGCAGUUUGGCGACUCCUACGUGAGAAUUAUGGGCAUGUUCGGCUUCUUCCCCUCUACCAUCGGGAUGCGCCGCGCGGCGGGAAGUCGCGGCUCCGAAGGCGGCACCGGCGCCGGCAAACCGCAGCGCAGCUUUCCGCGCAAGGAGGGCAACUGCAACGGCAGCGACGACAUUGACGAGGAGUUUGAGAUUGAGCAACACCUACUGAAGGGGACAAUGUUUGUGGACAAGGACGUCGGCGAUCAAAUUCUCGGUAAUAUGGUGAUGCUCGCAACAUACAUGUACGCGCGCCAGUGCAUCGAGGCGCGCAUCCAUCCCCAGGCGAUUCCGAUGCUCCCGGUGCUGAUACGCUUCCCGCUGUCGAAUAUUCCCAUGCUGCAGUUUGUGCGCGAGUUCCGCGUUCGCCUGCGCAGCCUGCUAGAGGCGGGGACGGCGAAGGCGGGCCAGAAGCCGGUGCACACUGGCAUGAGCGGCUUCAAUCCCGAGGACCUUGCCGAGCCUCACCACCCGCAGCUGCAGCGCCUGGAGGAAGAGGGCUACCUCUUCGAGCCUGACAUCCCGUGCGCGACAACGCCGCAGCAACUGUUCAUGUCUGAGGAGCAGGCGAGCAGCACCAAUGCGCCGCUGCGGCGCCACGUUGGAAUGAAAACGCCUAGCUGCGGCAAGUAUCCGAUUAUCAUGAUGUCCGGCUUCAACGUGCAGUCCACGCCACUGCGGCACCCGGCCUUGAACACGACGGGGUACCCGCCUGCCAUGGCCGCCGCCGCCAUGAUUGCCGCCGCACACCGCCACUCCGCCAUGUCCAGCCCGCAGUCGGGCUCGAAGUCAGCGUCUCCGUACGCCGCGUCUGGCAUGGGCCGUGCCCCGACCUUUCCCUCGACAGCGCCGCCGCCACCGCUGCCUGGGCAGGCGGGGCCUGCGUCGGCGUCAAACAGCAUCACCUUGCCGCCCCCUCCGCCCCCUCCGCCGGCGCCUGGAGCACCAACUUCGGCAUCCACUACUACGACCCCUGCCGAUGAGGCGCGCAAGAGUGCCCUGUUGCACCGACGCAAGCAGCGCUUCCGCAUCUGGGUCGAGGAUGGCCACAUCUGCAUCUGGGCGAGCGCGGCCUACGCCCGUCGUGCGGCGCUCAUCAUGGCGCAGCAGCUCAACACCACGGUGGACAGCAACUCGGUGCCGGAGCAGCGCUCGUGGAACUACCGAGGACUGCUGCACGCGAACACGACGGUGCCACCGCCGCGGCACGUGAACGACGUCAUUAUUGUGGCUGACGACAUCCCUACCAUGGGCUUGUGGCAGGGGGAUGUGCUGCGGUGCUGCACGCAGGCGGAACUCCAGGCAAUGCUCAAGUCCAAGGGGGCGGCUCCGCUGCCGCUGCCGUGUGCCCCAGAGGAGACCGAAAGCAAGAGCGGCGUCAUCACGGGCACAACGGAGCGGCAAGCCGCCUCUCUAUCCGUUGCCGCCGCUGCCACGAGCCCGUCUGUCAGCACCAGCACGGCGGAUAGCGGCAUCGCUGCCGCUGGCGCGGGCGGACACGUCAACUUCACCAGCAAUCACGCGAGCAAUCCGCUCUUGCAGGAGAAGGAUUUGGCCGCGCCGGAGGCUUUCUGGGUGCGCGGCUCCGGUGGCCUGGAUGACUCCUUCACGAACAUUACGGAGACGAACAUGCCGCCCCACCCGAAGGCCGAGAAGCAGCUGAUGCAGGCCGUCAUGCAGCGGGCAAAGAAGGCCGCGGCCACCGUGGCAGUCGCGCAGAACAGCGGCAAAAAGCGGCGCCUCACAAAUGCCGAGGCGGCCGCGUCAGCUGCUGCGCAGCUGUUCAUCGACAUCGACCGUCGCGAGGGGACCAUGAACAUCGAGGAGGUGGUGCUGGCCUGGAUCAAGGUGGUUGCCAUUCUCACCCGCGACUCCACCGAGGAGGACCGCGCGUGGGUGCGCGACCCGCAAGGCAACCCAGUCCGCAUAGACCGGUACGUCAUCCGCCGCUACGAGCAUGACGGGGCGCGCUUCUUCAUUGGUGUCACGCCGCGCUUCGUGGGCCAGCAGCGGCGCAUCGAAAAGGUACUGGGCGAGGUCUUCGCACUGGAGGAGCGCGAGGGUCAUCGCUGGCGCCUGAAGAACCAGGGUUGCGGUGAGGAAGACGAGGAGUGCGAGGAUGGACUUCGUACCAGCCAUGAUGAUGACCCCUCCAACGAAGAGGAGGGGCACCACCGUCACUCGUCCGUGUCGCAUGUCUCCCGGCACACGGAGUCGCUUUCGUACGCCUUUGGCGCCUCCGCCGCCUCGUCUCUCAAGGCUCCAGAGAGCUGUGCCGGCGGUAUGAGCAGCAUGUUCGACGAUGUCUGGGGCGCCCUGGUGAUCCCGAUGUCCCACUCGCCACCGUCGAGCACCUCGUGCACACCGGUUGCACCGUUGACCGUUGGGCCCAAGAGGCAGCCUUCUCUCGCGGCGUCGUUGAAUGCAGCCCUCCCGCGAAGCGAUUCAGGGGAGUCUGUCGAGAACAGCUCCCGUCUGGCCUUUACGGCAGUCUUUGGAAAUACCGCUCCCGCAGCCGGCAAGUCCUCAGCCACGACGUCGCUAAGGGCAAGAAAUGCGGAACUAAUGAGCGCCGGUUUUGAGGUAGACGAUCUGCUGGAGCGGUACGCGUCGGCGCCCCUCUUCUUCGGCGGCGAAGACGACGAGUGA